AAUUAAUGUAGAAUGAACAGCUGUUGUGGCAGGCAGUGUUGAAGCGACGCCACCUCAACCACCACCUGCGUAAUAAGUAGUUCGUUUACGAUUGUUACCAAAUAGCCACAAAAAAAAAAGGAAACAACAACAACGGUACUCCAAAUCCUUGAGCAAGGCGACACAAGUAGUGACACAGAUGAAAACACGCGUGAGAAGAGAUUGAAGCGAGAACGGCAGGUGCGCAGAGAGAACGCAACAGAUUCAGCUAGCAAAAGCAAAAGCAGCAUAAAAAAAAUAACAAUAACAAAAAACUAACAAAUAAAAUGUCCAAGGCCGUGAACAAUAUGAAUAUGGGCAUUGUGGAGCCGCUGGAACGCAUGAAACAAUUGUCCCACUACGGCAAUCUCAUCGAUGUGGACAAGAACAUGCCAGUGACACGCUAUUAUCGCUCCGGGACGGAGAUGUUGCGCAUGGCGAACGUGUAUCUGAACGAGGGCAAUCACGAGAAUGCCUUCAUCCUCUACAUGCGCUACAUGACGCUCUUCAUCGAAAAGAUACGCCAGCAUCCCGACUAUGGCAGCGUUAAGGCCGAGGUGAAGGCCAUCAAUAAGACGAUUAAGGACGAGAUUAUGCCAACGACGGAGAAGCUGCGCACCAAGCUCCUCGCGCAAUAUCAGCGCGAAUACGAACAGUUUCUUGCCAACAAGGAAGCGGAACGGAUGCGCGAACAGGAACGAGAACGUCACCGGCAACGGGAGCUGGCGAACCGCAAGGCAGCCGGAUCAGGCAAUGUGCCGUCGCUGAUACCCGCCAAUCUGCAUGUGCAAAUGGAUGCGAGCAAUCAGCCAACGGCGCCUGAUCUCGAUCUGCUUGAUCAGGUGGUGUAUCCCAAUGAUUUUCCCACGGGCACCAAUCGCAGCAAUCUGCCCAAUUCCGGUCUGUUGCUGCCCGCCGCCGAUGCCAGCGCCGAUAAAACAACCAACUCAUUGUCGAAGCCCGCUUUCGAUCGCAACCAGAAGCCGCAAUAUAAUCGCACGGACUCGCUGCUGGCGGGCUCGCUGCGCACCGUCAACGUACCUGGCGACACUAUGGAUGUGUUCCUGAAGCUCGCCCGCUCCAAUACCUCCAAUAACAUUGAGACUUGUGGCGUACUCGCCGGCCAUCUGGCCCGUAAUGAGCUGUAUAUCACGCACAUUAUUACGCCGCAGCAGCACGGCACGCCGGACAGCUGCAACACGAUGCACGAGGAGCAGAUCUUUGAUGUGCAGGACCAAAUGCAGCUCAUCACACUAGGCUGGAUACAUACGCAUCCGACUCAGACGGCCUUCCUGUCCUCCGUUGAUCUUCACACGCAUUGCUCUUAUCAGAUGAUGAUGCCCGAAGCAAUUGCCAUCGUCUGUGCGCCCAAGUACAAUACAACUGGUUUCUUUCUACUCACGCCUCAUUAUGGACUGGACUAUAUUGCACAGUGUCGGCAGAGCGGAUUUCAUCCGCAUCCCAAUGAUCCGCCGUUGUUCAUGGAUGCCCAGCACAUCCAUAUGGAUGGCCAGGCCAAGAUCAAAGUCAUCGAUUUGCGCAGAUAGUUUGUGGAAAUAUUUGUGUUAAGCAACAGCCAAAAAACUACCAGCACAUUGGUCAACCUACGGAAUGCAACAGCAGCGAAUUUAACAAAAUGCUUAAAACAACAACAAACAAACAAUAACAAACAACCAGAAGCAAUCGCUUGAAGUUAACUAAAUCUUUUGUUAGAGCAUUCAGUUCAGAGUAAUCCAAACAACAAACUCACUAUAGUAAUAAUUUAAAACAAAACAAAAGCAGAAAGAAAAUCAAAAUGAAUGGGAAGAUUACAAAGGAUCCACAAAUUGGAGAAAAUGUACUUGUAUUUUUGCAAGCAAUUCAUCGAUAAAGUUAUUUAUGUACAUGUAUUUAUUAGAGCAGUUAAAACUAUGGCAUUUCAUUCAGCUCUUAGUUAAUUCGCAUUUUAAGGUCUGCUUUAUGCAAUUCGUUAAUGUGAUUUCCAAUUGUGGCUUAUACUUUUGUUGAGGAACUAAUACUUUUACUUAUGCAUGUAUUUAUUAUGUCUGGCAAAGCAAUCUCUACACUCUACACACACCGCUACUAAUGCAGCUAAAGCAACACCUUUGAAAUAUAUAUA